CCCCGUCCAACGGGAGUUGAAAAAAUGGUGGCCAGCGCUCGAGUUCAGAAGCUGCUCCGACGAUACAAACUAGCGAUAGCCGCCGCGUUAACUAUUCUCCUGGUCCAGGGGCUUGUGGUAUGGAGUCUGAGAAGUCUGGAAGAGGGCGAGGCAGAGAAAAAAACACGGCGGUCUAAGCUGCCUGACCACAACAGCCAGGACCCCAAGAGAGACCCGGCUCUUUGGGAGAAGCAGAACUCUUUGUCGGGGCGGGACCGGGGCCGAUGGAGCGGUCGGUCGGAGAGGACGGGGGGCACGGCCGCCAGCGCACUGAGGAGGGGAACCAACCGCAGAGGAGAGAAGCCCAGCGUCAGGGUGAAGGCUCAUCAGAACCGGGGGGUAACGGGACCCGGGUUAGAACACGCCGUCGUCCAUGACCCGUCCAGCAGCCGUAACUUCAGCGAGACCAGAGGAGGCGCAGACGGGAUGGCGAAGGUUCCGGCCGCCGCCAUGCUCGGGGAGCCGGGCAGCGUGGACGGGGCGCACCAGCCCAGCAGCGACUUUGUGCCCAAAUGUCACAUCACGGGCAAGGACGCGCUGUCCGCCCUGCAUCGCGCCGGGUCGCAGCAGUGCCGGCAGGAGAUCGCCAACAUCGUGUGUCAGCAUCACGCCGGGGAGCUCAUGCCAGGCGCACUCCCUCAGUUCUGCCCUCAGCUCGGUAUAUCUAAUCAGGUGCAGUCCGUUGGCGAGCUGGACAACAGCCUGCUGGAAGUGGAGAACCCGGUCAGAGUGGCGUUCGUGCUGAUGGUCCACGGCCGCGCUGUACGGCAGCUCAAGCGCCUCAUCAAAGCCAUAUAUCACCAAGACCACUUCUACUACAUCCAUGUGGACAAGCGCUCGGGCUACCUGCAUCGGGAGGUGCUGCAGAUCGCCCAGCAGUACCCCAACAUCCGCACCACGCCCUGGAGGAUGGUCACCAUCUGGGGAGGGGCCAGCCUCCUGAAGGCCUACCUGCGCAGCAUGCAGGACCUGCUCAACAUGCUGGACUGGAAGUGGGACUUCUUCAUCAAUCUGAGCGCUACAGAUUUCCCCACCAGGACGAAUGAUGAGCUGGUGUCGUUCCUCUCGCAGCAAAGAGACAAGAACUUCCUCAAGUCCCACGGGAGAGAAAACGCCCGGUUUAUUAAGAAGCAGGGUCUGGACCGCCUCUUCCACGAGUGUGACAACCACAUGUGGCGUCUGGGCGAGCGUAGCAUCCCAGAAGGCCUGGAGGUCUCCGGCGGAUCUGAUUGGUUCGCGCUCACCCGCCGCUUCGUGGAGUACGUCAUCAACUCCCAGGAUGCCUUGGUGUCUGGGCUGAAGCAGUUCUAUACCUACGCUCUGCUUCCCGCUGAGUCCUUCUUCCACACGGUGCUGGGGAACAGCCACAUGUGCGACACCCUGGUGGACAACAACCUGCGCGUCACCAACUGGAACCGCAAGCUGGGCUGCAAAUGUCAGUACAAACACAUCGUGGACUGGUGCGGCUGCUCGCCCAACGACUUCAAGCCUCAAGACCUCAUCAGGAUCCAGCAACUGACCCGUCCGACGUUCUUCGCCCGCAAGUUUGAGUCCUCGGUGAACCAGGAGGCCAUCGACAUCCUGGACAGCCACCUGUACGGCCAGUGCUCGGGCACCACGGCGCUGAAGGCGUACUGGGAGAGUCUGUUUGAGACGGAGGACGGCCUGGCCGCGCUCAGCGACGCAGCGCUCCACCGCGCACCGGCUUUCUUCUUCGUCUUCGGUCUGAGGAACCUGUGACCCCUACAGAGCACGGUGGGACGCCUGCAGGUCCGUCUUGCUCCAUCUGGAGAAUCAUAAACAUAUAAAGUUUUAUGUCUUGACUUAAAGUUCCCUAUUAUAUCUGUUUUUCAUCAGUACAUUAAGGUCUCAGAUAUUAUAAAAGAACAGUCUCUGAAUGCUCCAAACACCAAACAGAUCAUUGUGC